ACAUUGGCCGACAAUAUUGAACGACUCUACCCUUUUCGUCAACCCUCUUUGUCUUGCACUUGUUGGUCUGAAUUUGAUUACUUGCAGCAAAACCCAUUUUGAUCUAUCAUAUUGUGUAUUGCUCAAUCUUUCACAAACUCACCCCCAUCUCUUUCUUAUUCCUUUGCUUAUUGCUCUACGAACCAGAUCGAUGGAGGUUGCUGCGGGGGUGUUUCUGGGGCCUAUCUUUGAGAAGCUGCGAGACAUUUUGGUGUCUCUGGUGGUGCCAAACUAUUCCCGUCCAGAGGAAAUCGAUCUCAAUCUUGAGUUGAAGAAGUUGCAGAAAAUGUUGCCUGAGAUUCGUGCUGUUCUCGCCGCCGCAGAGGAGAAGCAGAUGACAGAUGAAAGUGUCAAAUCGUGGAUGGACGAUCUCACGGACUUGGUUUACGAUUUGGAUGAUUUGCUCGACGAUUUCGCUACUGAAUCUUUGCGAAUCGAGGCAGAAUCUGAAGCUAGCAGUAGCACCACUCCUCCUAGUAAGAUGCAAAAACUCAUCUCUACUUGUUUCACACGUUUCACUACUCCUAGUGCUGCUGUUAAGCUUGAUUACAAUAUGAUGUCCAAAGUAAAAGAAAUCAACGACAGAUUAAAAGAUAUUGAAGCUCGCAAGAAUACCCUGAAUUUGAAUGUAGAUGUUGGAGGGAAUAGAUCCAACACAGUGCCAGGAAGACGGGAAACCACUUCUUUGGUAGUCAAAUCUGAUGUCUAUGGUAGAGAAGAAGAUAAAAAUGCUAUUCUUUACGAGUUGUUGAAGGCUGAAACUAGUGAUGAUAACAAAGUGUCUGUCAUUCCUAUUGUGGGUAUGGGAGGGAUCGGUAAGACAACUCUGGCUCGACUGGUAUAUGAUGAUGAUCGACUAAAGGGUCAUUUUGAUCUCAAGGCAUGGGUCUGUGUUUCUGAUGAUUACGAUGCUGUUAGAGUGACGAAGACAAUCCUUGAGGUGGUGACUUCAAAGUCUCAUGAGUUACAGGCUUUAGAUAUGCUUCAGGUGAAACUGAAGGAGAGCUUGUCAGGCAAAAGAUUUCUUCUUGUUUUGGAUGAUAUUUGGAACGAGAAGUAUGCAGACUGGGAGCUCCUACGACGUCCUUUUAUGUUUGGGGCACCUGGGAGCAAAAUUAUCGUCACAACUCGGCUUGAAAACGUUGCAUCAACCAUGAGUCUGUCUCCAAGUUAUCCUCUAAAAUUGCUGUCCAAAGAUGAAUGUCUAUCCUUAUUUACUCAUCAUGCACUCGAGAAACAAAACUUUGAUGCACAUCCAAAUCUGAAAGGAAUUGGCGAGGAAAUAGUGAGUAAAUGUAAAGGGUUGCCUUUGACAGUCCUAACACUUGCUGGCCUCUUGCGCACUAAGAAACUCCAGAGUGAGUGGGAGAAUAUAUUGAAUAGCAGAAUAUGGGAUUUACCUGAACAAAGAAGUGGUAUUCUUCCAGCUCUUAAAUUGAGCUAUCAUCAUCUCCCAUCUCAUUUGAAGCAAUGCUUUGCUUACUGUGCAAUAUUUCCAAAAGAUUAUGAGUUUCACAUAGAGGAGCUAGUUUUGUUGUGGAUGGGGGCAGGUCUUUUGCCGCUUUCAACAGAAAAGAAUCAGAUGGAAGAUUUUGGCAAACAAUAUUUUGAUGAUUUGUUAUCAAGGUCGCUUUUUCAACAAUCAAGUGGUAGUAAGUCAUUGUUUGUGAUGCAUGACCUUCUUAAUGAUCUAGCUCUACAUGUUGCCAGAAAUAUAUUCUUUAGGCUGGAUAAGUUUGAGGGUGAUGAGCAAUUUAAAAUUCCUAACCGAGCUCGGCAUUUGUCAUAUAUUCGUCAAAAAUUUGAACAACUCCAAAAGUUCAGGCCUCUUGGUGAAGUUCAGCAUUUGCGAACUCUGUUAGCAUUACCAAUUCAGAAACAUUUUGCUCAAGAUUAUUACUUAGCAAACAAGAUAUUGUUUGAUUUAUUGCCAAAGUUACGAUAUUUAAGAGUGCUGUCUUUGUCUGGUUAUUCCAUAACUGAGCUACCGGACUCGAUUGGUGAUUUGAAACAUCUGAGGUAUCUUAAUUUAUCUCGGACUUCAAUCAAACAGUUACGUGAAUCGUUGAGUAAUCUCUACAAUUUAGAAACACUGUUGCUGCGUGGUUGCAAAAAACUUUCAAUGUUGCCCCCAAACAUUGGAAAUUUAAUUAAUUUGCGCCAUCUUGACAUUGCUGGUACUGUGCAAUUGCAAGAGAUGUCCCUAGAAAUCGGUAGACUGACGAAUUUGCAAACACUGUCAAAGUUCAUUGUGGGCAAACAGAAUAUGCCAGGACUAAAAGAGUUGAUGAAUGUGAGGCUUUUACGGGGAAGUAUUUCUAUUCAAGAGUUGCAAAAUGUUCGAGAUGAAAAUGAGACGAAUUUAUGGGCUGGGCAAGACAUUGAAGAAUUAGAGUUGGCAUGGAGUAGCGAGUUCAACGAUCUUCGAAAAGAAAAGCUUGAAUUGGAUGUGCUUGCGAAGCUAAAACCACACAAACACUUGAAAAGGCUCACUAUUGAGUUCUACGGGGGCACAAAAUUUCCAAGUUGGAUAGGUGAUCCAUCAUUCUCUGAAAUAGUGAAACUGACUCUUGGAGGCUGUAAAAAAUGCAUAUCCUUACCGGCACUGGGGCAACUACCCAAGCUCAAAGAGCUACACAUCCGAGGCAUGCAUGGAGUACAAAAUUUGGGAGUUGAGUUCUACAGGGAUGAUUUUUGUCUGGGACAUCCCUUCCCGUCAUUGGAAAGUUUGAUAUUUGAGGACAUGCCGGCGUGGAAAGAAUGGUCAUGUUCUACUGGUGUUGAAGAAGCUACAAGUCAAUUCCCCUGCCUCCGCGUGUUCACAAUACGUGAUUGUCCUAAAUUGAUUAGGGUUCCACUUUUGAGGCUUCCCUCUCUUGAAACAUUAUAUUUGAAAGAGUGUCAUGAGGCGGUGCUAAAAAGUAUUGUUGAUGUGCAGUCGUUGGUAGGGCUUCAGAGUCUUGUCAUCAUAGGAUGCAACCAACUUGUGUUCUUUGCAAAGACAGGUGUCUCGCCCACGCUCAAAUCUCUUACAAUACGGAAAUGCGAGGCAUUGACCUCUCUGCCAGAUGGCAUGUGCGGACUUAAAAGCUUGGUAAUUGAAGAAUGUUCAUCAUUGACGUCUCUGCCCGAUGGCAUGUGCGGACUUAAACACUUGGAAAUUGAUAGAUGUUCAUCAUUGACGUCCUGGCCCACCGUUGGGUUACCCACAGCCCUUAAGGUUCUUACAAUUAGUGAUUGCAUGAAUUUGGAGUAUUUUCGGAAGGUUUCAGAGCCGACGAUGAUGCUACAGCAGAAGGAGAAGGAAGAUGACUUUAACAACAUCAAUGUUAUUAAUAUGUCAUCAUUUAUGUGCUUAAUCAUCUGGAAGUGGCCAAAGGUUGGAAUGUUACUACUACCUGGGGUUGAGGGGUGCGUAAAUAAUAAUAAUUUCGCUAGUCUCCGUCAAUUGAGCAUACACGAUUGCGAUGUCUUGGAGUCGUUGUCCUUCCUAGAAAGAGGCUUACCCAACCUCAGACGGCUUAUAAUCUACAAUUGCGUGAAUCUCCAAUCCUUGGCUAUGACCAACCAGAUUCUUCAAAGCCCUCGAAUCCCUUGAAAUCUACCGUUGUGAAAGUCUGGAGUCCAUGUACUUCCCGGAAAGAGGAGGCUCUACCCCCAACAACCUCAUAUCGCUUACAAUCAGAUUUUGUUCAAAUCUGAGGCGGUUGCCAUUUUUUGAUCAGAAUAGUCAAACCCUUAGUGAGCUCACAAUAUAUGAUUGUCCACGUAUUAUGACGUCCUUUCAUCAAGGGAAUUGGAAUUUGCCCCCCAACCUAAUCAAACUUACUAUUGGUGAUAAUGGGAAAUUAGAGAAGCCCUUGUCGGAGUGGGAUCUGCAAAGACUCACCUCUCUUCGACAUUUCGAAAUUCGUGGUGGAUAUCCAGAGCUGGUCUCCUUUCAUCCUCCUGAUCUGCUUCCUUCAACUCUAACCUCAUUAUGGAUCGAGAAGCUGCCGAAUCUGGAAUCCAUACCAUUGAAGGCCCUCCAAAAUCUCACCACUCUUCAACAUCUAGCCAUCUCUCACUGCCCUAAGCUUCGAUCCUUGCCAAAGGAAGGCCUGCCUUCCACACUUCUAAGUCUUCAGUUGGUUCGUUGUCCACAUCUUAGAGAACGAUGCCAAGGUGACUACUGGCCCAACAUUGCCCACAUCCCCUACGUCAAUUUAGAUGCCCUGUUCCCCCAACAUAUUUAGGGCAAAUCCCCUACAUAUGUUUUUCUUUUAGUGAGGAGCUGAUAAAAUUUGUGACAAUCAGGUAUUGAAGUCUUUUUAACGAAUGGGCAACCCGGGUAACAGUUCCUAUAGAUUCAACAAUUCCAAUCAGCUGAAGACGUAUAGCGGUUCGUCUAAAGGUAUAUUAGUUUGAUUAAUCGUCUUGUCUAUUAACUAUGGGUGCCCAGGAAAGGCGACUGUGGAUGCUUUAGCGGUGUUUGAAGGGAGGAAUUAUGGAGUUGUGAAUUUGGGGAGUUGUACUCUGUGUUGCUGUCUAAUUUGUACCUUAGUUUUGGAAGUUUCUUUUUCAUUUAUGGAGGAAGAUUAUGUAACCAAUAUUAGGGUGUGCCUGGUUGGCUGUCUUUCACUUUGUUUAAGAAUAUUUACAUGAAUCGUCCUUCACUUAUAUUAAAACCACUCCGAAAAGUCACCAGGAAA